CUUUCCGGCGCCGCUUUCUGGAAGGUUCGUGAAGACUGUGUCCGUGCGCCGUUUCUCUGCGGCGGGCAAGAAUCCGUGUCCAUCCGUCCUUCCUGAGCCCGCGUGGAAAUAGCCAGGUUUGCCAUGCCCGAAAACGUGGCACCGCGGAGCGGGGCGGCCGCCGCAGCUGCCGGCGGUCGCGGGAAAGGCGCCUACCAGGACCGCGACAAGCCGGCCCAGAUCCGCUUCAGCAACAUCUCCGCGGCCAAAGCGGUUGCUGAUGCUAUUAGAACAAGCCUUGGACCAAAAGGAAUGGAUAAAAUGAUUCAAGAUGGAAAAGGUGAUGUAACCAUAACAAAUGAUGGUGCCACCAUUCUGAAACAAAUGCAAGUAUUACACCCAGCAGCUAGGAUGGUAAGUAUAAUUUUUUUUAUUGUUUAUUUUGUUGAUUGUGGAGCUUGAACUCUGGCCUUGGGCGCUGUCCCUGCACUCAUCAGCUCAGGGCGAGCACUCUACUGCUUGAGCCACAGCACCACUUCUGGAAUUCAUCCAACCAUCAUUUCCGAGUCAUUCCAGAAGGCUUUAGAAAAGGGUCUUGAAGUCUUGACUGACAUGUCUCGACCUGUGGAGCUGAGUGACAGAGAAACUUUGUUAAAUAGUGCAACCACUUCAUUGAACUCAAAGGUUGUCUCUCAGUAUUCAAGUCUACUUUCUCCAAUGAGUGUCAAUGCAGUGAUGAAAGUGAUUGACCCAGCCACCGCUACAAGUGUAGAUCUUAGAGAUAUUAAAAUAGUUAAGAAGCUUGGUGGGACAAUCGAUGAUUGUGAAUUGGUGGAAGGACUAGUUCUCACCCAAAAAGUGGCUAAUUCUGGAAUAACUAGAGUUGAAAAGGCUAAGAUUGGGCUUAUUCAGUUUUGCUUGUCUGCUCCCAAAACAGAUAUGGAUAAUCAAAUAGUAGUUUCUGACUAUGCCCAGAUGGACAGAGUGCUGCGAGAAGAGAGAGCCUAUAUUUUAAAUUUAGUGAAGCAAAUUAAAAAAACAGGCUGUAAUGUUCUUCUCAUACAGAAGUCUAUUCUAAGAGAUGCUCUUAGCGAUCUUGCAUUACAUUUUCUGAACAAGAUGAAGAUUAUGGUGAUUAAAGACAUUGAAAGGGAAGACAUUGAAUUCAUUUGUAAGACAAUUGGCACCAAACCAGUUGCUCAUAUUGACCAAUUCACAACUGACAUGCUGGGUUCUGCUGAGUUGGCUGAGGAGGUCAAUUUGGAUGGUUCUGGAAAACUGCUCAAGAUUACAGGCUGUGCAAGCCCAGGAAAAACAGUUACAAUUGUUGUACGUGGUUCUAACAAACUGGUGAUUGAAGAAGCUGAGCGGUCCAUUCAUGAUGCCCUGUGUGUUAUUCGCUGCUUAGUGAAGAAGAAGUAAGAUUUUAAAUUAAAAGUUAGGGUUCUUUUUGUUU